AUGGCACCAACAACAAGACUCAGAAAGCUGAAUUUGGUGCCGUGUUAUAUACCAAAAAAACUACGCUACCCCAAGACGGGGUGGGGGAAGAGUGUAAGAUUGAACACUUCCCACUUCCCACCCCCUAAGAAAACGAAGAAGACUCACAAUCACCAACGAGACGCGACGUUAUCAGGAUGCACCUCCGUGCACUUCGGUGUCACGCCUUAUCGGGACAAAAACUCAGAGAACAGCAACAAAACGAGAACUGUUUUCCCACUGGAAACACAAUCGCAAUUGACAAACGCACAGAGAGGUCUGCGAUGUCGAGAGGAAUUAGUGACACAAUUUCUGCUGUUGCUGUUUUCGUACCCAGAAAGAGAAAGAGUUCGCAAAAAUAAUGCCGUUCGACGAGCGGAUUUAUCUCGUUAUCUGCACUGCAAUCCAGUCUCGAUGCAGUCAAGAUUUUUGUGUCAGUGUUGCAAUGGAGAAAGCCCGCAGAGACAGAGUGUGCGAUACUGCGCGGGCGGGUGCGGCCGAUACCGGAACCGAGGGACUCUUCCUCUUGCAUAUUGCCAGGGCAGAAAAGAGAAAAACUGUGACACAUUAUGA